GCCAGGCUGUGACAGCGGCCACCUCACCCCCAGCACCUCUGGGCACCCAUGCACCCAAAGGAACACGUACAUCAGCCCCGGAGUCCCACCUGCUGAGCUGAAGGUCACUGUCAGAGACUCUGAGGGGGAAAGGCCGGCAAGAGCCAGUCAUACCAUGUCUGUAACCAGCGGGAAGACAAGACCAUCCCUGACCCAGGAGAUCCUCAGCCACCUGGGCCUGGCCAACAAGACUGCAGCUUGGGGAACCCUGGGCACCCUCAGGACCUUCUUGAGCUUCAGCGUGGACAAAGACGUGCAAAGGCUGCUGAGGGCCAUUGCAGGCCAAGGUGUGGACCACAGUGCCAUCGUGGAUGUACUGACCAAUAGGAGCAGAGAGCAAAGGCAGCUCAUCUCUCGAGCCUUCCAGGAGCGCACCCAACAGGACCUAUGGAAGUCCCUGCAGGCGGCACUCUCUGGCAGCCUCGAGAGGAUCGUGAUGGCUUUGCUGCAGCCUGCCACCCAGUUCGAUGCCCAGGAAUUGAGGAUAGCCUUGAAGAGCUCUGGUUCUCCUGAGGAUGUGGCUGUGGAAAUUCUUGCCACCCGAAGCCCAGCCCAGCUGCAGGAGUGCCUGAUGGUCUACAAACAUAAUUUCCAGGUGGAGGCUGAGAAGGACAUCAAAUCUGAGACCAGCGGCAUCUUGCAGGAACUGCUCCUGGCCCUGGCCAAGGGGGGUCGCGAGAGCUACUCUGGAAUCAUCGACUAUAACCUGGUGGAACAGGAUGUCCAGGCAUUAAAGCAGGCUGAAGGGCCCAGCACAGAGGGCACAUGGGUCCUAAUCUUCACCCAGCGAAAUCCUGAACACCUCGUCCGAGUGUUCGAUCAGUACCAGCGGUGUACUGGCCAUGAGCUAGAGAAGACCGUCCACCACCUCUUCCACGGAGAUGCUCAGGCGGCCCUGCUCAGCCUAGUCUCGGUGAUCAGGAACACACCGCUGUACUUUGCCGAUAAACUUCAUCAAGCCCUCCAGAACCUCAAGCCCAAUUACCAAGUCCUAAUGCGUAUCCUUAUCUCUCGAAGUGAGACUGACCUUCUAAGCAUCAGAGCUGAGUUCAAAAAGAAAUUUGGCAAGUCCCUCUACUCUUCUCUCCAGGAAGCAGUGAAAGGGGACUGCCGGUCAGCCCUACUAGCCCUGUGCAGGGCCGAAGACCUCUGAGGCCUCCCUGGGCUCCUGCCCUCCCUACCACACCAUGACAUCCGAGGAUCUGAGAGUGCUGUGUUUGGCUGAGCCUGCAGGAAAUCAGCUGGACCUCCAAAUAGGAUAACCCCUCACUGAGCACCACAUGCUCCAGCUUCUUGUUGAGGCUAGAAUCUGAAGUUUCUUUUGAAUCCCUUGGUUUCCUCAUCUCAAAGUGGUCCCUGCACCAGCGUACCCCAUCUCUGUCUUGGGUAUAGACAGCUCUUUGAUGAUUUCUUCCCUACUCAUCCUUCCCAUACCCAGGCCAGAACAUCUCACUGAUUUCUUGAAUUCUUUUGGCAAACUUCA